AUGGACUUUCUCGAGGUAAACAUAGAUGUCAAAGUUUUGGACGAUCACCAAAACAAUCUGGGUUGGACGAAUCAACUGGAUGCAUCUCGUCUUAAUCUUUUUUUUUUUUCCAAGGCUCUCGCAAAAAUCACGCUACUCCUUUUUGACUCGCUACCGUUAACCUCCAAUUGGAAUUCAACAAUGAUUAUAGGCAUCCAUUCUUCUAAUUCCACCCGAGCUCAUUUUCGUCCCACGCCAAAUUCGGAAGGGGAACGUGCUACGGUUGACGCAUUCAGCCAAAUUUGUUAUCGAUUUUAUUCUAAAUGGCGACUUCUGGCGAGUUAUCAGCUAAAUCGGCGUAAGGAUGGAGUGUUUGUAAAGUUGAAUCAGUUGAAUCGCGCCAAAAAAAGAAAUAAUGGGACGGGGUAUUGUAUUCCUCAAAUCCGUUAUACAAAGGGCGCGUUCAGAGACGACGCCUCCGUUGACAUGAAGGGUUAG